AUGUUGCCCGGCUGGCUGGGGGCGGUGUCGGAUUGCUGGCCGAAUGCACUGGGGGCGGGGCCAGAAAGUUUUGCUAGUGCUUGAAGCGGCUCCACAUCGUUGGCCUGGAAGCCACGGGUGGACACGGAGGCUUAACGCAGAAGUGUGGGCGGAUCUAAGUUGGAGGGGUGCUGUGUUCAGAUUCUGCAAGGGAAUUUUUCUGGGACCCUGGCCUCCCUUUUCUGGGACCCUGGCCAGUGGAAUGGCAGCUGCACUGGAUCUGAAAUCGAAGGAGGAGAAGGAUGCUGAGUUGGACAAAAGGAUCGAGGCUCUUCGGAGAAAGAAUGAGGCCCUUAUUCGGCGCUACCAGGAGAUUGAGGAGGAUCGUAAAAAAGCCGAACUGGAUGGAGUGGCAGUGACAGCUCCGCGGAAAGGCCGUGCAGUGGAGGAGAAUGUGGCAGUAGAGGUGGAGAAGAACGUGGGUCCCUCCCGGAGGGCUCCUGGGACUCCUCGGCCCCCAGGGGCCAGCAAGGGAGCCCGGACCACCCCACAGCAGGGAGGCCGGGCUGGCAUGGGCCGGGCAUUCCACUGCUGGGAGGACAGUCCUGGUGAGCAGCCUCGAGGAGGAACUGGGGGCCGUGGUCGGAGGGGCCGGGCCAGAGGGUCCCCUCAUCUCUCCAGAGCUGGCGAUGCCACAGCAGCCGACCGCAAAUCCAAGGAGUGGGAGGAGCGGCGCAGGCAGAACAUCGAGAAAAUGAACGAAGAGAUGGAGAAGAUUGCAGAGUAUGAGCGCAACCAGCGGGAAGGCGUGCUGGAGCCCAACCCCGUGCGGAACUUCCUGGAUGACCCCCGACGACGCAGCGGGCCCCUGGAGGAGCCUGAGCGGGACCGCCGGGAAGGCAGCCGCCGGCACGGGCGUAACUGGGGGGGUCCCGACUUUGAGCGAGUGCGCUGUGGCCUCGAGCAGGAGCGGCAGGGCCGCCGGGCCGGCCUGGGCGGUGCUCAGGACAUGACACUCUCCAUGACGGGCCGUGAGCGUUCGGAGUACCUGCGCUGGAAGCAGGAGAGGGAGAAGAUUGACCAAGAGCGGCUGCAGAGACACCGCAAGCCCACUGGCCAGUGGCGGCGGGAGUGGGACGCUGAGAAGACUGAUGGAAUGUUCAAGGAUGGCCCAGCUGCUGCCCUCGAACCAUCGCACCGCUAUGAUGACCAGGCCUGGGCCCGGCCACCCAAGCCCCCCACUUUCCGGGAGUUCCUGUCCCAGCACAAAGCUGAGGUCAGUCGCAGGAGGAGGAAGAGCAGCCGACCCCAGACCAGGGCAGCCCCCCGUGCCUACAGUGACCACGAUGACCGCUGGGAGACGAAGGAGGCAGUGUCCCCAGCCCCUGAGGCCCCACAGACCCCUCCUCCUGAGGAGACACCCACGCAACCACCCGAGACCCCAGCCCCUGCCCACCGGCCUCCAGAGGAUGAGGGGGAGGAGGAGCAGGAGGAGGCGGUAGAGGAAGACGACGGGGAGGAUGAGGAAUGGGAAGACGUGAGUGAGGACGAGGAGGAGAUGGAGGAGGAAGAGGCUGACGGGGAAGAGGAAGAACCAGCGCAAGAUCACCAGCUCCGAGAGGCAGCGCCAGCUGGGAGCCCCACCAGUGAGCCGGCAGACGAAGAGCCCUCCAGGCCCGAGGAGCCUCGGCCACAUCCCCAGACCCCGGCCCCGCCUUCCAGUCCUUUCUCGCCCCCUGGGGGCCACCAGCCUGUGUCCGACUGGGGUGAAGAGAUGGAGCUGAAUUCUCCCCGGACCGCCCACCCGGCUGAUGCCCUCUCUCUGGGAGGUGACCAGCCAGCCCCUGCCUCCCUGGAGAGUGGGCCCAGCCUCCCAGGAAUCCAGAAGGCUGAAGAGGAGAGGUCUGAGGCAGCUCCAGAGGCGGGCCCCGAAGGUCAGGAGACGGCAGAGAUCACCGACUUCCAGAGGGCCUCCCCGAAUUCCUGAAGACGCCGCUGGGAGGGGACUGAAGCUUCCCCGCCUUGAUGGGGAGGGGGCGGCAGGAGGGGUUUAGUCUGGAUUUCCAGACUCUGCUCUCUCCUCCCCAAAGCCCAUUCCGGACCCUAGGGCUAGGGCGAGAAAGAAAUUAAGAGACAGUUGCUGCGGAAGUGGUGUGAUUGGUGUGUUGGGCGGAACGGGAACGUAGUAAGUUUAGAUCUCAGAACACAGAGGGUGGAGGGCCAGGAGGAGGUAGGUCCCCCUGAGGGGCGUGGCUAGCCUGAGCGGGGGCUAGAGUGCUGGUUGAAGGAGUCAGAAUAAGGGACAAUGUUAGGAUGUGAGCUUUGGUUGCAAGAGCUGUUUUAGAUGGGGAGUUAAGGCUGGCGUGGGGCUCAGCCGCCAGUGGAGGGCAAGGUCAGAAUAUGAUGCUGAAACCAGUGGAGAGAGGAGCAGCAAAGGGGUGGAGCGAUGAGGCCGGGGGAGAAGCGGGCGGAUUGCCUGUGGGAGCAGAUUCUGAUUCGGGAGAACAGGCAAAUUAGAGCUGGGGCGGGGU